AUGCUCUAUGUCGAAGACGACAAGCUCAUCUUUCGCUUCGAUGACCAUCUUCUUUGGAUUCAGUCAUGGGGUGAGAACGCAUUCAGAGUGAGGGCGACGAAGCUCUCAUCGAUGCCCACCGAAGACUGGGCGCUGUCCACAAAACCCAGCGCAAGUAAGCCCGUCAUCGAGACCCCGGAAGGCAAGGAGGCGAGCAUCUCCAACGGCAAAAUCAGAGCGGUUGUGUCCCAGCGCGGCAAGGUCAUCAUUUACGACUCCAAGGGAAACAAGCUCCUGGAGGAAUACGCUCGUAAUCGUCGUGACCCCAAGGAUCCGAAAUGCAGUGCCUUGGAUGUCGAAGCUCGCGAGCUGCGAGGAAUCCUAGGGGGCGAUUUCCACCUCACCAUGCGCUUCGAGUCCCUCGAUCCCAAGGAAAAGAUCUUCGGGAUGGGUCAAUACCAACAGCCAUCCUUGAACCUCAAGGGUGCUGAUGUUGAAUUGGCUCAUCGCAACUCCCAGGCCAGUGUCCCCUUUGCCAUCUCCUCCCUCGGAUACGGCUUCUUGUGGAAUAACCCGGGGAUUGGACGCGCUGUUUUUGGAACAAAUACUAUGAGCUUCGAGGCAUACUCUACCAAGGCGCUGGACUACUGGGUCGUCGCAGGUGACACGCCAGCAGAGAUUGAGGAGGCGUAUGCUAAGGUGACUGGCUAUGUCCCGAUGAUGCCUGAGUACGGCUUAGGGUUCUGGCAAUGCAAGCUCCGGUACUGGAACCAGGAACAGCUGCUUAACGUGGCGAGGGAAUACAAACGACGACAGAUCCCACUAGACCUGAUUGUCAUUGACUUCUUCCACUGGAAACAUCAAGGCGACUGGAGCUUUGAUCCUGAAUUCUGGCCCGAUCCUGAUGCUAUGAUCAAAGAACUCAAGGAGCUGAGCGUGGAGCUAAUGGUAUCCAUCUGGCCUACCGUGGAAACCACGUCCGUGAACUACAAGGAGAUGCUCGAGCGAGGCCUCCUAAUCCGCCACGAUCGCGGCUUGCGAAUCGCCAUGCAGUGUGAUGGCGACAUCACCCAUUUCGACGCCACCAAUCCCGAAGCCCAGAAGUUCAUCUGGCAAACUGCGAAGAAGAACUACUACGACAAGGGCAUCAAGGUCUUCUGGUUGGACGAGGCGGAGCCCGAAUACAGCAUCUACGAUUUCGAUAUAUAUCGCUACCAUGCCGGCCCCAACAUGCAGAUCGGAAACAUCUUCCCCAAAGAGUACGCACGGGCAUUCUACGAAGGCAUGGAGGCUGAAGGGCAACAGAACAUCGUGAACCUCCUCCGUUGUGCCUGGGCCGGCAGCCAGAAGUAUGGUGCCCUUGUCUGGAGCGGCGACAUUGCAUCGUCCUGGAGCUCCUUCCGCAAUCAACUGGCUGCCGGACUGAACAUGGGAUUAGCUGGGAUCCCUUGGUGGACUACGGAUAUCGGCGGCUUCCAUGGAGGUAACCCGGAUGAUCCCGCAUUCAGGGAGCUUUUUACUCGGUGGUUUCAAUGGGGGACGUUCUGUCCGGUGAUGCGUCUGCAUGGUGACCGCGAACCGAAGCCAGAGGGACAGCCAACUGCGUCGGGAUCAGACAAUGAGGUCUGGUCGUAUGGAGAGGAGAUCUACGAGAUCUGCAAGAAGUACAUUAGCAUCCGCGAACAGCUCCGAGACUAUACUAGGAGCUUGAUGAAAGAAGCCCAUGAGAGGGGUUCCCCGGUGAUCCGGACUUUGUUCUAUGAGUUCCCGGAGGACAAGAUCGCAUGGGAUAUCGAGACAGAGUACAUGUAUGGAUCUAAAUACCUUGUAGUGCCGGUCCUUGAAGCAGGGCAGCGAAAGAUAACUGCCUAUCUGCCAGCAGGGGCUUCAUGGACAUUGUGGGGUGAAGACAAGGUCUACGAGGGAGGCAAGACAGUCGAGGUUGCUUGUCCGAUUGAGACAAUGCCUGUUUUUGUCAGGGCAUAG